AUGUGGUUAGAAUUCCUGUGUGCGUUCCUGAUUCCCUUCCUCAUAAUGUUGGUGCUGGAAGGCAUCCCAUUGUUUUUGAUUGAAAUGGCAAUAGGCCAGAAGAUGAGACUUGGCUCCCUUGGCGUGUGGAACACCAUCCAUCCUUGGCUUGGCGGCAUCGGGAUCUCCAGCUGUGUAGUUACCUUAUUCGUGGCGUUAUAUUACAACGUUAUAAUAACUUGGGUGUUCUUCUAUCUCUUUAAUAGUAUUCGGCUAAGCGCGGACGCCUUGCCCUGGGCCCACUGUCCCCAAGACAACGGCACUGCUGAAGAGGAAUGCUCCAAAACAUCAGCUACGGUGUACUACUGGUAUCGGGAGGCUUUAGAUGCGUCACCAAGUAUCGACAACCCUGGAGUACCACGCUGGUGGAUUGUUUGUUAUCUGCUCCUAGCUUGGAUUAUCGUUUUCUUUAUCGUCAUGAAAGGAAUACAGAGCAGUGGAAAGGUGGUAUACUUCACAUCUUUAUUUCCAUACGCUGUGCUAACAAUAUUCUUUGUCCGUGGUAUAACAUUACCUGGCUCCGCUGAUGGUAUACUACAUAUGUAUAAACCAAAGCUAGAAAAACUACUAGAUCCAACGGUAUGGUUGGACGCGGCUACUCAAGUGUUCUACUCCUUCGGGUUGGCGUUCGGCUCCCUCAUCGCAUUCGGCUCCUACAACCCACCGAAUAACAACUGUGUACGCGACGUGCUUCUUGUAUCUGUGUGCAACGCUCUGACUGCCAUAUAUGCGUCUGUGGUCAUCUUCAGUAUUUUGGGCUUCAAAGCUUUUACUAUGGUCGAAAAAUGUAUUGGCAAGGAAAUAAAAGUCUUAGCGUUGCACCAUAUCGGCGGUUUCACUGUUAACUCUACGCAGGAGUACUAUGAGGAGUAUUAUCCCCGCUUGAGUGAUAAUAUCACCUCAUCACUUAACCUUACGGGAUGCACCAUGAGUCGGCAACUGGAUGAGGCAGCAGAAGGCACUGGCCUGGCCUUCAUUGUAUUCACCCAGGCUAUUCUGCAACUAACUCCAGCUCCAUUCUGGUCCAUCAUUUUCUUCCUGAUGCUACUCUCCCUGGGUCUUGGAAGUCAGAUCGGGAUAAUGGAGGGGAUGUUGUGCACAAUAUUUGAUAUUGACUUCUUCAAGCGGUUAAGCAAACCUGUUAUAACAGGUUUCGUAUGCACUUUCUGUUUCUUCGUGGGUCUGAUCUUCACAACUGGAGCUGGAGAGUACUGGCUGAAGAUGUUUGACUCUUUCGCCGGGACCAUUGGUCUGGUGGUGGUGGCUUUGUUGGAGAUGAUCUCUGUUAUUUACAUCUAUGGACAUGAGAGGUUCACCAACGAUAUCUACGAAAUGACAGGCUACAGGCCAGGUUUAUACUGGCAAAUCACCUGGCGCUAUGUGGGACCCUUCAUCGUCUCCUGUAUCCUGCUCUCGUCUCUCGUAUUUAUGCUCAUCAACCCACCGACUUAUGGAGCUUGGAAUGCCGCUGAGGGACGCGUGGAGAAGACCCAGUACCCCAACUGGGUGCUGAUGGUGGCCAUAUUGAUGAUCUUAGCUGGAGUUCUGCCAAUACCAAUUGUUCUACUUCUGCGUCGCUUCCAGUGCUUGGCCCUCGACGUGGACAUCCACCAGGGAUCUAUAAGAAGAAUUGAGACCACAGUCUCUACUAAGGAGAUGAUGAGCGAUCAGGAUGUGAUUUCGCCGGAGAAUGCGCCACCUGCGCCUGCUCAGCUCGUCGCCGAUGUCGCUACUAAAUUCACUAUUGGCGACUUCGAUUCUGAUUCAGAACAAGGCGAGGUGCGAGCGUCGGGCACGUGCAACGUCUCAAGCAGUAGUGACGACGACAUUCCAAAUAAAAAAUAUUCACCGUUAACCGGAACUAGAUUCGCCCUCAAGCCCAUCGGUCGCAAGCCAACGACAUUCAAAAUGGACGUCAUUGACGAUUGA